AUGAUCGAAAAUGACGAUUCGGUUGCAUUUGGGGAAUGCAAUACCACUUUAAACGCAAGUAAUCAAACCCAAUCGGAUUCUAUAACUGAUGUUGAAAAUAUUGAAAGUAAACCUUGUAGCGAAGAACAUAAAAAUGUAGUGGAAAGUCUGAAAAGGGAGUUUAGCCGUAUUGCAGAUUUAGCAAAACAUGAGAGUUGUAAUACAGAGUUAAUAAAAAAGUUUGUUGGAAGCCUAAGAGCAAUUAACACAGGUAGUCAGUUGGAUUCAUUCCUAGCUAGCAAGCAGUGUAUCAAACGAAAAACAAAAUUAAUAAAAGUCCAGCCUACAGCACGCAGUAGAAGAAAGAUACAAAAUGCUAAAAUGGGGGGACAGAGAAUUCAAAGUGGGCGCCCUUCCAGAAAAAGAAAACACAACCUGUCCCUUAAUAUCAUGUCUAAUCUUCCUAAUUCCAAAAUUCAUUAGAUGUUGCUGUGUGUUGCUUUGUGCUGUUUUAUUUUGCAGAUAUUAGAUAUAGCUCCAAUUAAAAGAGUAUCUAUUAAAAUUCAAUUUAUUCCAUUUCAACCGAUUUGUAUGACUCAGCCACGUUGUUGUGCUGCAAACGUUUAGAUUUUGGAGGAAUGUGCUGAGCUAGAUUAUAUUUUCCAAUGACGUAUUUGGGGGCGUGUCUUGUGCUG